AUGCAAGAUGCCGGAUAUUACGCAGGAGGACCGUCUAAGGCAGAUGCUUUGACAGGAGAGGGAGUAGUUCUUAUUGUUUUUGAUUUGCACUUUACAAGCAUAACUGGAAAUCUGAAUAUUCAAGUCGGGAGAUAUGCCUACUUGAAAUGUGAAAGUAGAUCUACGUCUGCUCCGUAUUAUUACAAGAGGUUCCCGCCAUUAACGUACUCAUGGUUUGUCAACAACAGCAGGCUUGGCAGAGAAGUUAUACAGACCUACAGAUUUAUUGUCACCGAUGAUGUUAAAUACAACAGAUACAGCUGUCAGGCAAAGGAAACUCUAGAAUCAGAAAAUAGUGAAGAAAUUCAGAUUAACCCUUUGUAUGGUCCAAGCAGUGUUAUAAUUUCACCACCACCUGGUAAUGAGGUUAGUGUUCAUGAAGGGGGAAUGUUUGGUCCCUACAAUUGUUCAGCUGACUGUAACCCACCUUGUACUUUACAAUGGAAGUAUAGAAGUUCAAAAGGCGAUUUUCUCAAUCUCACAUCUGUCGGCAGCUCUUCUAUUUAUUUACCAAAGACAAAAGCAUUUAAAGCUAAUAUGACGUCAAUUCGAUGUGAAGUAAAUGGCAUUGAAAGAACAGAAGUAUCAAACAUCAAACUAAACAUUCAAUAUGGUCCAAGCAGUGUCAUAAUUUCACCAACACCUGAUAAUGAGGUUAGUGUUCAUGAAGGGGGAAUGUUUGGUCCCUACAAUUGUUCAGCUGACUGUAACCCAGCUUGUACCUUACAAUGGAAGUAUAGAAGUUCAAAAGGCGAUUUUCUCAAUCUCACAUCUGCUGGCAGCUCUUCAAUUAAUUUACCAAAGACUAAAGCAUUUAGAGCUAAUAUGACUUUUAUUCGAUGUGAAGUAAAUGGCAUCGAAAGAACAGAAGUCUCAGACAUCAAACUGAACAUUCAAUAUGUAAGUACGGUUUCUACAGACGCCUUUACUCAGACGACCUGGAUUAUUAUUGGAGGCCUUAUUGGAGGUUUAUUUGUACUGUUAUUGCUGACGAUCAUUGGUGUUUAUAAGUUCGCUUUUCAUCGAGGAAUUAGAACAGGAUCGACUCAACAACCUCAACAAGCUAACGAUAUCGAUCUCGAGAUCCUGGACAGAAAAUAUGACUACAUUGAUGACGAUACCGUACAAGGACAAAAUCGGAAUCAUCCUUAUCAGACACAGGAGGAUGUUACUGAGAACACUGAACAAAUACAGCCACUGACUGAUUAUCAGAAUGUCAGUGGACAUCGAGAUAACCAAUAUGAAGUGUUAAAACCAUUCUAAUUAAAAUUAAAUUUUCCGAAAGUGCUACCGAUUCUCAAACAAUUUCUACUUUUCCGUUUGUGUUAUUCCCCUAAGGAUGUCAGACUAGCGGACUAUACAUUAAAUUCAUACCAAAAUUACUUUAAUUCAACGUAAGACAGUAUCAGCAAUGAAUAUGUAGCCGUGGAACUAAUCUUAUAAUGUUUACCGAAACUUUUUGUACAAUCGAAUCUGAUUGCCUACACUUUUUGUGUUUAUUCGUAAUCAAAAGGUCGCUCUGACGUGACCGUGAAUGGAAUGUUGUUAGAUGUUUCAGAAGGGUAGCGGAUGAUCUAAUUUUAAUUAGAUUGAGUUAAAGCCAUAUCAAGAUAGACUUGGUUUAAUAGAGAUGUAACUUUUCUUGUAUUAAUAACUAAAAAGAUAUCAAAGUUAAAAAACUAUUUUUAUUAAGGUGGCAGAGGAUGGCUUCGGAUUAAGUAUCGGUCAAAAAUUAGAUAAAAAUAGAGAAACAUUAGGUUUGAAUGUAUAUAAUAGGUAAUUUUAUUGCUAGAAUAGUUAUGGGUACAUGUGAAGGGAACUGGUGGCCUUCUUUAUUUUAUUGAAAUAUGAGUCACUACAACUGUAUAUGGGAUAUGGACUAGAAAUAAGGAACUAAGAUCAAAAAUAAUUUUUCCGGUAUUUAACCAGAAAAGCGGAGUGGGUUCAUAGAAUUAAUUGUGGCUUGAAAACGAGGUGGUUAAGCCAUUAUAUCUUGCUACUCAAUGGUAUGUACAAUUGUUGUUCUACAAUUUGUGUGGUAGGUUAGGUCACUAGCACGGGCCUGGAGGCAUUUGCAGCUGCGGCGAAAUAGUUAAAAUAGGCUUGAUUUACAUGAACUUUUGAGAUUGUCCCUGAGCCAUCAUUAGGGUUCUCGUUGUAAGUUGUUCAUGUUUUAUUCCUAAAAGCUUCAAAUUCCUCAAGGUACAACUUAUACACUUUUCCAUUGGUUGUGAGUGGGAUAGCUCUUUUAUCAAACCCGCGACAGGGAAUAGUCCCUGUCAAGGGUUGGAUGAAAGAGCUAUCCCACUCACAAACAGUGAAUAAGUGUUUUAUUAUACUGUGGUAUAAUAUAAUUUCUGAGCUUUGAAUUUUUUUGAGUAAGAUAAUACUGCAAGAAGAAUCUUAAAUCCUGAUGACGUCACAAUGCUACUAAGUCAUUAUAACAUCAUCCUCAAUAGAAUUAUCGCUGGAAAUCAAAAUUAGCGGCAAAAAUUGUAUGAAAAUUUUACGAGGGUGGAUAGUAAAAGCUAUACUCCAGGGUAUAGCUUUGCUAUGUGUGGACUAUAAAAGAUAGUUAUUUUGCCUUCUGAUGUUUGUAUAGGAAAC